AGAGAAACAUUCCUCUUCAGCACUUUCUUCACAACCAAACGUGGCUUCCAACAAUGCCAUCCCCGUCCCCAAUGCCGCAACACGUUGUUCAAGCAAAAAUGGCUCCGCAGGGCUUAUGUCACCUUGUUGCCUAGAAACGGGGACGAUUGGAAGGGCGUGGAGGGGUUAGCCAGGGGGUUGAGGAAAGAGAAGAGUAUGUACUCAAUUGUGAUAGCCAUCCUACCGGACGUUCCUGAGGAACACCGGAAGAAGCUGGAGGGCUUAGGGUGCAUAGUGAAGGAGAUUCAACCAGUGUAUCAGCUCAAGCUAGAUGAAUAUACCCAGUUAGCAUAUAUCCAUGUUCCCCUAUGUCACCAAGGACUCCAAGAUCUAUCUCUGGCGAUUUGAGGAGUACAGCAAUAUGAUAUACUUAGAGGGAGACAUACAAGUCUUUGACAACAUCGACUCCCCUUUUGACUUACCAGAUUGCUGCAUCUACGUCCCGUUGGGCUGUUCCUGCACGGGAGCGGGGAGUCAGUGCCCGGAAAGUUCCAAGUGGCCAACAGAGCUCGGUCCCAAGCCUGGGUACUACAAUAGUGCCAGCAUGUUCCUCUUUGAGCCCGAUACGUCCAUCUUAUAUGUUCUAUUGACUAUGCUCCAAAGAAUCAAUCGAUCCCAACUGAUCCCUUCCCUUCUGCCGAACAGGUGAUUCAACUUAAUCUGAUCUUCAACUGCAUUUCUUUUCCUUUUUCUUUUUUAGAUUUAAUCAAUUAAAUGUAAUCAAUUUAAUUGAUUAUAACUGUAAUCAAUUAAAAAGCAAUCAAUUUAAGAUUUUUUU